AUGCUAAUAGAAAUUGUAAUAACUAUGGUACUCAUCUACUACCUUUCUGAUCAAUGGCGAAAGACUGCACGAUUACCGCCAGGUCCAUACCCUGUGCUCUUUUUUGGUAAUCUUCCACAGCUUGCACUCUAUGCAUGGAAGUAUGGGGGCAUUGUUGGAGCAUUCAAGAUCAUCAAAAAGAAGUAUGGGCCAGUCUUCACAGUUUGGCUUGGACCAAUUCUUACAGUACACAUAGCUGAUUACACCUUGAGCCAAGAGGCUAUGGUCCGAUAUGGAGCAAAAUAUCAGGAUCGUUGGAGCCCAGCAUUGAUGCUUGAGGGAAGAGGCGAUCGCGGUGUGAUCGUUUCAAACGGUCAGAUUUGGCAAGAACAACGUCGUUUCUCAUUAUAUGUGCUAAGAAAUCUGGGAGUAAGUCGAAAUGUGAUGGAGGAACGAAUUAUGGACGAGUUUAAUAUGAGAUUUGAGAAAAUUGACCAUUUGCCUUCUGGCUCACCUGUGGAUCCCUUCCAUCUUUUUGAUCGUCUAGUGGGUGGAGUUAUCAACCGAAUACUAUUUUCAAUGCCCGUAGACGAGGAGGAGGAAAUGAAGUUCUACAGAUAUAAAAAAGAGAUGGACGAAUUUGUCGAGGACUUGUCUUUUAUCGAUUCUUUUGCUAGCAAGUGGAUGCUAAAAGUCCCGGUAUUGAAUACAAGGUGGAAGAGAAUGACUCAACCCAUUUUGAAUAUGAAAGAGUUUAUCAGGAAACAGGUUGAGGAAAGGAAGCAUGCCAUAGAAAAUGGCAACCACAUUAUUGAUGCUGAGCCCCAGGAUUACACCGAUGCUUUUAUUCAGAAGAUAAAAGAAAACGCAAAAGAUGGUGUCACAGACACCUCAUUCGACGAUGAAUCACUCGUCGUCAAUAUCUUGGAUCUAUGGAUAGCCGGACAAGAAACGACGUCGACAACUUUGUGUUGGGCGAUGAUCUACUUGCUAAGAAAUCCGAAGGUCGUAACCGAUGCAAGAGAAGAACUGCUCAAAGUCACUGGAGGCUCUAGACCUCUUUCACUAGCUGAUAAGCAGAAUACACCGUAUUUCGUUGCUACACUCACGGAGAUACAACGGAUUUCAUCGAUACUAAACAUAAACAUCUUCCGAUUAGCCGACUCGGACACCGAGAUUGGCGGAUAUCCUGUGCCAAAAAAUACAGUGGUAUCGGCAGAACUAUCACUAAUCUUGAGCGAUGAGAGCAAGUUUCCAAACCCCGAAAAGUUCGAUCCAUCCAGGUACAUCUCUGAUCCUUCUUUAGCCACAAUGGUGAUUGCUUUCGGACUUGGUCGGCGAGUGUGUUUGGGAGAAGCAUUAGCCAGGGCUGAACUUUACUUGAUUCUCGGCAACCUCCUUCUUCGUUAUUCUCUCGAAUGCAUCGGAGGGCAGCCACCAUCUGAAGAAGUGAACAAGUUCGGUAUCAUGAGAAAACCGCAAGAAUUCCAGAUGAUAUUCAGAAAGAUCACUUGA